AUGUUGAACAGAGCUUUUGUUUGUAAUGAUGAAUCCAAUGAGUUAUAUACAGCUAUUUCAAACAGUUCGGAUAUUCUUAUCCAAUUUACUUCGUCCGAACUAGCAUUACAUUUUUUAAAUCAAAUAACAAGUGAUAAAAGAACAGAAAAAUCUGAAUUUAAUUUUGUUCUUCUUCAUUCUGAACCAUGGUCCGAAACAAUGAUUACUCGACCACCACCAAGCAUAGAUCAUUUAAAAAACCCAUCAUUCGAAAAAGCCUAUGGUCUUCAUGAAUUAUUGGAUACUAUGGGCUACGUAUUUCAAGACAAAUAUCGACAAUCACGUGCAAUACAAAAUAUAUUACAUGAUCAGCGAGCUGAUUAUGAUUUCUAUUAUUAUCAAACUUAUUUGGCAAAGAGGAAAAAAGAAGACAAACCUACACCAUCGAAAGAAAAUGGCCAAUACACAAUUCCAUGUUGUACCUUGACACCUCUAAGAACAAUCUAUCGUCAAUUCGAAACUAAUUCUGGUAGUCGCGCAUUGCGACAUCCACAAUUUCAAUCCAGUGAUCAACCAAAUUUUUUGCUUGUUCAUUUUCGUGAAGAAGACAAUACAAAAUUAAAAGAUUUUAAUGAACAAAUUAAACGUCGAUUGAAAUUGAAAAUGACAAAUGGUCUAGAUUGUGUAUACAAAAAUUAUAAAUUUAUUGGUAGCUCUACAAGUCAAUUAAAAGAAUUGUCAUUUUGGUUUAUUUUAUUACCAGACAAUAUGAAAACAGUUGAUCAGGCGAUUGCUAGUCUUGGAGAAUUUGCCACAAUUAAAAAUUUGGCAACACAUGUGGCAAGAGUGGGACAAUUUUUUUCAACAACAAAAACAGUUGAAAUUAAUCUAACAUUUAUUGAUCAGAAUAAGCCAACAAAAAAUCAACGUUAUUACGCAUGUCGGAUUGAUGAUAUUGAACGAAAUAAUUACAAUUUUACCGAUGGAUGUGCAAAAAUAUCAUUGGGUUUGGCAGCUGAAGUGGCACAAAAAUUAAAAUUAGAAAAAGACAAUAUCCCAUCCGCUUAUCAAGUUCGCGUUGCUGGAUGCAAAGGCAUGUUAGCCAUUGAUUAUGAAUCAAAUCAAAAUGAUUUUUACAUUAAAGUACGAAAAUCAAUGAAAAAAUUUGAUAGUCCACAUUGGAACUUAGAAAUAUGUGAUUGGUCAAGACCAAUGCCUCUUAGUUUAAACAAUCAAGUUAUUCUAUUAUUAUCCGAUCUUGGCAACGAAUUACCAAUAUUUUUAUCGUUACAACAACAAAGUUUAAUUGAUUCAAAUACAAAUUCAGUAGUAGCACAAAAACAGUCAAAUUAUGCAAUUGUGAAAGAAAAUCUCUUAAAAAAUCGUAUUCCAAUACCACCAAAAGAUGGUCGAAAUAUGUUUGGUAUACCUGAUGAAACUGGUCAAUUGAAGUAUGGGGAAUGUUUUAUCCAAUAUACUUGUUUGGAUGGAGGAAGUUCAAAAGGAAAACUGCGCAUUGUAGAAGGCGACGUGCUUGUCACAAAAAAUCCAUGUCUCUAUCCGGGUGAUUUUCGUAAAUUAACAGCUGUUAAUGUACCACAAUUACGUGAAUAUAUUCGUGAUUGUAUUGUAUUUCCAGUCAAUGGUCCUCGGCCACACUCAAACGAAAUAUCCGGUUCCGAUUUAGACGGUGAUCAAUAUUGGGUAUAUUGGGGCAAGGAUUUUCAUAUUAACCAAGUAGUUCCUCCGUUAUCCUAUACACCCGCAGAUAAAACGGAAGUACCACGAAUCACCCAUGAACUGAUCAUUGAUCAUAUUGUCAACACUUUUGGUACAGCCAAACAAGGUCUCAUUUGUGAUAUACAUUUAGCCGUGGCAAAUAUUAUUGGUGUUCGAUCUGAACAGUGUAAAAGUCUAGCCGAACUAUUCGCACGUGCAGUAGAUGCUCCGAAAACAGGCGAAGAUGUCCCAAUGGAUUUAGUUGAACAGUAUCGUCAUCAAUAUGCUUAUCGUCAUGGGUAUCCACAGUACAUGAUGAAGUUUAAUCAACAAAUAUGUCGUUCUGAUUCAGUAAUGGAACAGUUAUUUCUAAAUGGGAAAAAAAUUCUUUUUAACCAAAUGGAAAAAUAUUCAUUCUCUUACAAAAGCUCUUCUCCUCGCCAACAUCAACGAUCAGUUGAACAAAAAUCAUUGACAAUACUCAAUAAUAAUGAAAAUCAACCUUUAGCAAAUGACAAUACUUCAUCAUUGCCAGCCACACCAACGAAAAAAAAAUCAUCAUCAAGUUCAAAAUCAGCUACAGCAACACCAAAAGAUCAAAGGUCUUCUUCAUCAUCUGCCUCAUCUAUCAACAUAGAAGGAUUAACUACACCAUUUCCAAAACCAAUUCAGAAUGAACCAUGUGUUGAACCCAAAACAAAAUCAUCAAAUAACAGUAGAAAAACUCAACAGUCAGAAGCUUCACUGAUAAAUAUGCAACACUCACAAUCUUCUAUGGACAGUGGGCUUGCUUCAGCAGGCAGUUCACUUCGAUCAUUAAACUUUGUUACUUCAAGUAUUACUGCCGAAUAUCAGGAUUUCAUUUUAGUUGGCAUGACUCGAAUUAAUAAUCUUAUUAAAAUAACGUAUCAUGAUUCUUCAUUAUACUCAGUUUCAUUAAGUAAUGAACCAAACAAGGAGUGUAAUCAGUUUAGUAAACUUGUGACAAAUCUAACAGCAAGUGGUAUAUUUAAAGGCAAGCAAACAAAAUACCUUGAACAAGAACAUGGUCCUCUAACAAUGAUUGUUUCAUAUGGUAAAAUCUAUUUUAAAUCAGAUGAUCAGUCACAACCUCCAAAAUACAUCAGUGAUAUUAUAAAAGGACUAAAUGAGAAUAAACUUCAAGUUGAAGUUGUAACAAAGAAUAUCGAUUCAGUAAAACCCGAGGGAAUUGAUGACAAAAAGCAGCCAUGGGAAUAUCUAUUCGACUGUAAAAAUGAACAACAACUUACUUAUUAUUCAUUAACUUAUGAUCAAAAGAAGAAACUAAAGAAAAUAUCUGUGUUUCAUUCAUGGUGGAAAUGCUAUAUUAAAGAUAUUGAUGCUGAUGAUACCUAUGAUACCAUCUAUGAAUUUCGUUCACAACUAGCGUACGAGGAAAAAAAUCCGUUAUUCAAAGAUCUUGUUCAACAGAUAUUUAGUAAUCCCACCAAUACAGAUUUACUGGAAGGUACUGCACGACGUAUUGAAUGGAAGCCUAUAUUAAAUCCAACUGUACAACCGGUAUCAUUAAAAAUGAUUGCACGACUUCAUGCUCAGCCAUGUGACGGUACGGGCGAUGGUGGUUAUUUUAACUUAGUUAAAAAUAUUGGACUGGAACAAGAUGCAAAAACAAAAAAGAGUGAAUCUAGUGAUACAAUGGAAUUUCGUGUGACACCAGUGCUAAUUAAUAACAAAGAGCAACUGGAACAAUUAUGUGAGCUAGCAGAAAGUUCUGAACUAAGAACAACUUUCACUUGUAAUAUGGCAACAAAUAGAAGAUGA